AUGGCCUCACUACCCAGCGUUGCGGCAAUAGUCAACGGGGCCGACCUGGAUCCAAGCAACAUACCCCAGGUCAAGAGCCUCUUCGCUCGGUUCGCCCGUUUGUCUCCUGCCGAAAAGGAUGACCAGCGCGGAUCCUUCGUGGACAGAGUGUUCCCGCUCUUCUUCGGCGACAAUGCCGUGACAGACGGAUCCAGUGCAUACGAAGCCCAGCGGCCAAGUCCCAUGGUCAAGCAAUUGCUGGCUCCGACCGCGGGUAGUGGUGCUCCCCACGUCUGCCCAGCAGGUCGGAACGACAUUAUCUCUUUGUCGGUUUUUCGGGGUCAAGUUUUCCAUCCGUGGGGGUGGGCAUUCGCCUAA